AAUAUUUUUUCAAAAUUCUAUUUAAAAAUAAUGGAGAAGGAAGAAAGCAACGAACAAAAACACCAAAAUUCAGAAAACUUGUCAGAGUCAAAAAACAACCAAGUCUCUACCAGUUUUUCAUUCCAACACCAAUUCAGAAGAAAUUCAAUUCAGAAUCAAACAAAUUCUGUAAGGAGAGAAGUGUCUGUUACUGACAGUUCUUCUUUCCUUCUUUUUGCCCAAAUAAUUGUUUGUGGAACACUUUUUGGUAUUGCCACAAUUUUAUUAUGGCAAUUACCUUUUUCUACAAGAUUUAGAAAUCGGUUGGAGCCUGUUGCUUCUAUGCCUGUUCAACAGGAUGAAUUGGAAUGUUCUCGAACUUGUAGAAUUCAACUAGUCGAAAGUAUUGCCCAAAACCUCACAUUUCCUGUUGAAUUUUCUCAACAACCAGCAUUGUCUACAUUCUCUGCUUGGAAUUUACUUAUUAAUUCAGCUAAAAAUUCACUUUUAAUUGCUGCAUAUAAAUCUAGCUUGAGAGGAAAACACGUUCUUGGCGAGCAGGCUUUGAACAAUAUUUCUUUUCAGGGCGAAAAAAUGUUUGAUGCACUUAUUGGUGCUGGACUCGAUAGAGGAAUACAAAUAAAAAUGGUUGAGAAUGCUGUGGCUAAGGAUAAGGGAGAUAAUGAAGACGGAACUUCUUUGGCCAAAAGAGGUGUUUUGAAUAGAAGGGUACUUGAUUUACAAAAAAUAUUUAAUACUGGAGUAAUGCAUUCAAAAGUUAUUGUUGCCGAUAAUAAACAUUUUUAUUUGGGAUCUGCUAAUUUGGAUUGGCGUUCUCUGACACAAGUAAUUAAUUUAUGAGAGAUUACACAAAUGAACG